GAGGCAUAAUAGGGCUUGGAGAAGCAGAGGAAGAUCGUGUUGGUCUAUUGCAUACAUUGGCAACUCUCCCUACUCACCCAGAGAGUGUUCCAAUCAAUGCACUAUUGGCAGUAAAAGGCACGCCUCUACAGGAUCAGAAGCCAGUUGAAAUAUGGGAGAUGAUUCGAAUGAUUGCUACUGCUCGAAUAGUCAUGCCAAAAGCAAUGGUCAGGUUGUCAGCUGGUAGAGUGCGUUUCUCAAUGCCCGAACAAGCCCUCUGCUUUCUCGCUGGUGCAAAUUCUAUCUUUACUGGGGAUAAGUUAUUGACAACUCCCAACAAUGAUUUUGAUGCUGAUCAACUCAUGUUCAAGGUGCUUGGUUUGAUUCCAAAAGCUCCUAGUUUUCCUGAAGAUGAAGAGAGAGCUUUUGAAUUGGAAAAUUGUCAGGAAGCUGUUUCUAGUUCAGGUUAACAUUAUUACUUCUAGGGGCUAUCUAUGUAAUCAUCCCUUGGGCCAUUGCCCCCUUUAUGUGAAACUAAGUAGGAUGAUUUGUUAUUUUUCAAAUUAUAUUGGAUCAAUAAGAGAUAAUUCUUUUUUUA